AUGCAAGCCAUUUCUUGUGCUCGCUGUAGCAAUGCCAGGAACAUAAUGGAUCACCAAACUGUUCAUGGAUUUGAUUCAGACGAAAGUGACUUAGAUAUGCAUGCUGAAACCUAUGAAAAUAAUGAAGGGAUGGAAGAUGUGCUUUCUGAGAACCUGGACUUGUGUUUAGAUGAAAAGGAAGGGAUAGCAGAACCAUCAGCAGAUCUACCUAUGAACAUAGAAGCUUUAGAACCAAACAUAGGCAUGGAGUUCAACUCAAGAGAUGAAGCAAGAGAAUUUUAUGUUGCAUAUGGCAGACGCUCCGGUUUUACUGUACGGAUACACCACAAUCGUCGCUCACGAGUAAACAAUCAGGUUAUUGGUCAAGAUUUUGUUUGCUCGAAAGAAGGCUUUCGUGCAAAAAAGUAUGUACACAGAAAAGACAGAGUUCUUCCUCCACCGCCAGUAACCCGUGAGGGCUGUCAAGCUAUGAUAAGGCUAGCUUUAAGAGAUGGACUAAAGUGGGUAGUCACAAAAUUUGUUAAAGAGCAUAAUCAUAAAUUAAUGAGUCCCAGCAAGGUUCCAUGGCGGGGAUCAGGAAAGCACUUAGCAAGUGAGGAUGAGAAGGAUAAAAGAAUCCGUGAACUAUCCCUUGAGUUGUAUAAUGAGAGGCAAAAAUGUAAGCGACGCUGCGCUGCAUACGAAGAACAGUUAAAUUUGAUUUUGAAAGAUUUGGAAAAACAUACAGAGCACAUGUCAAAAAAGGUGGCGGAUAUAGUUCAGAGCAUAAGAGAGAUUGAGGAGGAACAAUCAGAGGACUCAGAUAGUGGAUGGACUUAG